AUGGAGAGUGGAGAAGUAAUUUUUUCAGGAUACUUGUUUAAAUCACCUCCAGAAAGCAAGCUGCGUAACCUAAGAUCGGUAAGUUCCGUAAGUCGUGUGUGAGUUGAUGUUGUUGUUGUGCGAACGUGCAGCAUUGGAAUGAAGCUCCACGGAAUCGAUUUCAUCUGUAAGCUUGUUGCUUGUCGGCAAACACCGUACUUUUUCUCAUGUAUAGCUGCGUCCGACAGAUUUUGAGUGGGAUCAGUAAAACACACACUUUGUUUUUCGUUGUAUUUGAUCGGGAAAGAUUCGUGGCCACGACAUGCCGAUGUCGUCGUUGCUAACCGCGAAAAAUCUUGAACUCUGCAUUUGCGGGCAUCAUACGGUUUUACUUCUAGUUUAGUUGUUGUUUUUUUUCGAUGAGAGUUUAAAGCUGUGUUCACUCUGUAAUAGUUUUAAUGUCUGUUUGAUGGUUCUACCAUAAACCAUGAUCUGCGAGUUGUUUAAGCUUUCAAUGACUUCCGCAGGUUACACCAUUAAACAUACAAAUUAACAGUCGAAAUUAAUGAAUUCUUCCGAAAGCGCGAGGUUUCAAUCAACAUGAAAGCUAAUUCUAAGCAAUACUAACCAUGAAUUGCCACAAAUGACUUUCACUGUGUCGAAACUUUCUUUGCCUUUCAAUUAAGACGUAUAAUUUAUGGGCAUUAAAAAAAUCGAGGGACGACGGCUGGUUUAGUGGGAAAUUUAAAACAAACAGGAUUUUCCUCAGACAAGGAAACGAAAUCUAAAUUCCUGUUCUGAUCGUCUUUUUCUCAUUUUCAUAUACAUGUAGUAAUUAUUCUAAAUUACAUGCUAAUGCACAAACUUAAGCACGUGAAUAUAUUGCAAAAAUUUGCCGGCGUUUGCGAUUUCUUCAUUCAACUAAACAUUGCCAAAUGUGUAACUCGAUUCCACAAGUAAAGCUAAAUUCUGUUACACUUUGCCCUGAUCGAGUGUGUGAAAGACAUUCCAUUCAAAUGUGAUCGUAGUUAUAUAUGAGACUUGGUUGGUGUAGUGUGGUAUACAUGUACAGUAGUUAUUUUAAAGCCCGAAGAAAAUCUUACAACCCGGAGUAAAAAGUACUGAGGAAAAACAUACUCAAACCGGAGUAAACAGAAUUGGUGGAAAAAAAAAAGGAAUGAGGAAGUUGUUUUGUUCCAAUAAGUUAUAUUUAGCCCUGUUUCAAUUUCCUUUGAUUAUAAAGCCUUCAGCAGUUUAAGCUAAUGGUAGUGGGUUCAUAUUACUUGGUUUGCGUUAAAACCUUGUCUGAAUAUUAUUGUAAAUUAUAUAAAUAGUGGCAUAACCAUAAAAAAAUAUCAAAAUGUUUAUGAGCUACUAAACUAGUGAAAUGCGUAGUGUAAACAGUGCAUAUGUUGUGGGUAAAGACCAUUAAUUUAAGAUCAUGUUAAACCUGUAUUCAACCUCGUUGAAUACAGAAUUUUCUUUUGUUUUCUAGCUCUUAAAAAUUUUCAAAGGAGGCAAAGGAAAAUCUUGUCAACCUUCAUUUGUAAGCAUGCCCAGAUUGUACUAGUACAUGAACCCCUAAUGCCCACCCGGAAUCACUGGCAACUGUUGUUUUUGUGCACAUGUGGCACCAGGCCUUUAGACUUCCGUGAAGAACACCUACAUGUACUAUAUCCAGACCUCACGAUUCUGCUGUUAUUGUCUCAAUUUUUUAACUUUUCGCAAGAAUUCUUGACAAGACUUCCACCUUAUGGCUUUUUGGGAAAUUAUAAUCAUUACCUGGUCAAUAUAGGUGGAAAUUUCUUGGUGAAUGCUAGUGCCUGUUUAUGCCCUGAUGGGGCUUUUGUUUGUAACAUUAUACAUGUAACCAUGAAGUUGGCUUAUCCGGAAGGAUGACUCUUUGCUAUAAGUUUCGACCCGGUGAUGACCUAUUCUCUGGCCUCUUAUCAUCAAAGAAAAAAGUGGCAUCUAAUUUGUUACUGGAGGGACCCAACUAAAGCAGGGUAAUAUUAAAUAAACAGUUAUUCCCCCAAUGAAAAAAGGGUAAUCGUAAUACGGAAAAAGUAGAAUCGCACUACUUUUUUAGAAUCUCCCAACUUUUUUUCAUGAGUCUCCAGAUUUUCCUUUAUCAGGGUUUGGCAGGUCUGUAUACAUGCUUUUUUUACUGGUGAGUGAACAUGUAAAAAGGUUGUUUAACCGAUUGGAAGUUACAUUUACAUACAUAACAUUGAUUACGUCACUUGUACAUCUUUACGUAAUGUUUCAGAGACUGCAUGCAUGAUAUUUUCAGAGGGAUGUAAUUACAGUCAAACCAGGUCAAGCGUACCCCCCAAGAAUCCAUUAAUGAAUUUAUUAUUCAAAAGUUGAAUCCUUUUCUAGUUGUAGAUUUCAGAUUGAUCUCUGCAUUCUUGUAUUUGUAGUGAGCCGUGAAUUCACACGCGAGGCAGUUAUGAAAUUUCUACCAACUCCAUUUUCCUGAAAUUGAUGUAAAUGUCUUCUAAGAAGCUUAAUCCAUUCA